CUUGCUUAUGUCCAGGUAGAUUACACUAUCCCUGCAGUUUUUGUUUCUGCAUUGAUAGUGUGUCUUUCACAUGAUCCAACACAUCAGGUCAACGUACAACAUAGUGACGGCAUCCAGAGGUAGCAUGAUUCAAUGUUAACAGUUUAAAAUCGGAAAACAAGUGUGGAUUAAUAUUUGGGAAUCAUCCAUUAUGAAUAUUCGAUGUACAUCACGCGGAAAGAGGAUACGGAUAUUUCUCUUCGGCUUUGUUGUCAUUGUGAUCCUAUCUUACGUAUGUUUUGACUCAUACGAACCACUUACAGUUUCUGGAAUAUCACAGAAUACCCAACUAAACGAAGAAAGAAAGGAGAAACAAGUUUUAAUGCAUCCAAAAUUGAAGUGUAUGGAACAUGCAACAAAAAACACUGUCAUUAUGGUACUAAACAAACCGUCCAAUUCGUUACAGCGGAAAACCAUUCGACAAACAUGGGGUCAUCCACAAAUGCAAAUCAAGUACAACUUCAGUUUAUAUUUCGUUCUCGGUAACGAGAAAAAUGUUGAAUAUCACGAGCUUCAUAUGGAGAACGAAGAUGUUUUACGUGUUGAUGUCAACGAAAACUAUUUUAAUAUAACAGAAAAAGUAAUUGAAGCUUUUAACUGGGCCACUCAUUCGUGCUAUGAAUCCCGUUACUUUUUAAAAAUCGACGAUGAUGUUUAUUUUCAUCUUAAAUUUCUGCAAGAAAUACAAAAAGUCGAAAACUAUCUGCCAGACGACAUCAUUCUUGGUGAUUGUUUACCGGAAACGGCACCAUUCAGACUGACGACCAAAUUUAGUGUUUCUUUUGAAGAAUACCGUUUUGCAAAGUAUCCGCCAUAUUGCGGGGGUCCCGGAUAUGUGAUGACGUUACCAACCGCACGUAAACUUUACCAUGAAAUGACGCAUACAAAAACCUUCAUGUUUGAGGAUGUUUAUGUCGGAAUAGUUGCUUAUAAACUAGGAAUUUCUAUAAAACCUGUUGAUCAUUUUAUUUAUGCAAUGGACGGAUACUUGCAUUAUCUAAAUAUCCAGUGUGCUGUAAUCAUACACAAUCUCACUCCCGAACUUAUCACCAAGAUGUGGAAUGAACGAAACACGACGAGCAUAGGUAAACAUGACUGUUCUCAGUCAGGAAAACUUAUAUACAUUUUGCAAAAUAUGUUUGGGUUAUAUAAUGGUUGAAAGAAUAACGAUACAUACACAUCCAUUUUGUUAUUUUGAAAUACCGAUAAGAAACGUAAUGUCUUUAACUAAGUCAAACGUAAUUUUUACCAGCAUUUUUAUGAUAUUGGUCUUAAAAAAUAAUGUCAAUAGUAUAUUAAAGUGGUUACUCAUAAUACAUCCAUUUAGCGUUAUCGAUAUCGAAGAGAAAAAACGAUAAAAACAAUUGAUAAUCGAGUGCUGCUAAAAGCAUUACUGUAUUAGCUUUGCUUUGUUAAGAAUUUCACAACCUUGCAAGAGCUAGGAUCAUAUUUAGACCUAUAGAGACACUGCUGAAAGGACAUAGGAAAAGACAAGAUACAAAUUGGUUGUAUUACAUGUCGUUCGAUUUAACUUUUUCAGUAAUUUAUGUAAAGAUCCAUUAAAGAGAUUGUUGAUGUCAUAGGUGUUCCAGAAUAAAUUGAGCUACAAAAUAC